AUGCCAUUAGCCCAGAGGUUCCUCGCAGUCAAGUCGUGGAGACGAUUGCCGUUCAUUGUAUGGGUGGUGUUCGCCAUAUUCACCGAUUCGUCAAUCUUCGUAUUCGCAACAGCCGUUGUGACGUACGGAGUCGGGGUCAACUCGGGCUUCGACGUCUGUUCGGCGGCGAAUCUGCUCUGUUUGGUCUGUUAUCUGACAACCAAGUUUAUCAUCCAAGCGAGAACAAAGCGACGUCUACAAUCGAAGCUCUACAUAUUCAACUCGUUCGGGAUGCUGUCUAUCUAUGUCAUUGUGUGCAUCCUGAACUUCGUCUACCGCAUCACGAUUAUGGACAACGGACACUGCAUCAUUGGCAUGCAGAAGAAGGCCAUGAUACCCUUGAUCUCGUUCGAUCUCGUGGUUUAUUUGACGGUAUCGUUCCUGCUCCCGUUACAAGGGCUCUACUCGUUCGGGCUCCAUACAAGCAGGCCGCCCAAUAUCAAACUGUGCACAAUGGCUGUGCGAACUAAUCUCGCCGUUCUACUUACGCUGAAUGGGCAGCCAGGCUGGGUGUGCCUCAUCAGCUGCAAUGCCGAUAUCCUAUUCUCUGCCAUAGUCAUCCAGUGGGUAACCUCGCUAGACAACGCCGGCACCGCAUCCGGCGCGCCGGAACCGUCGGUCGAAACACGGGAACGCACGCUGGACCGUCUCAGCGCCAGUCGCUUCUCGUUCCCGACGCCUCUGCGGCCCACAAGCCUCAUCCAUUGCAGCCGCGCGUUCAGCAGCAAAGCCGAGGAUCGGACGAGCGCCAAUUACGGCCUCCAAGAGGUCGACAUAGCGACGAUCCACUUCCGCGGCCCAGCCUCUUACGGCGAGGGUCCGCGGGUAGCCUCUGGGAGCAGCAACAGUCGCGAUAACGUGAUUGAGGAAGACGACGAAGACGACGACGACGACGAGAUGUUCAGAUCCAGAUCCUGGGCUGUGUCCCGGUCCCCGCAUACCACCAUAUCGUCCCUCAACGGCGGAGGCGGCAGCGGAGGCGGCACUGAUGACGGCACGGACCUCGAGAAGGGGGUUGGGUGCGGGGGCGGCGGAGCCUUCCGGGAUACGAGCAGGUUGGCGGGUGAGAAAGCGAGCAAGGACGAGGGCGAGAGCGAGCAAGCGGAUGAUAGGGGACAGGGACGGGGACGCGAGGAGGCGCCGACGCAAGCAGAUUACGCCGCCGUGGCCGUGGCGGCCGACCUGGAGUGCAUCCGGUGA